CUCUUCCCACCCCACCAAGCUGCCGCCUUUCGCCUACAGCACGUCCGUGGGGACCCCGGGCUAGGACGGAGAGCCCACCUCGAGUCGCAGAAAGUCUGAGCGUGGGCUUCAGGAAUCUUGGUGACAAGGAGCAAUGCUGCCCCGAUGGGAGCUGUUUCUUUACCUGCUGGCUUCACUGGGCUUCCACUUCUAUUCUUUCUAUGAAGUUUAUAAAGUAUCCCAAGAGCACGAAGAGGAGCUGGACCAAGAAUUUGAGCUGGAGACGGACGCUUUAUUUGGAGGCUUAAAGAAGGACCCAACAGACUUUGAGUGGAGCUUCUGGAUGGAGUGGGGGAAGAAGAGGCUGGCGUGGCUCCUGCUUGGCCACAUGGUGGUGUCUCAGAUGGCCACACUGCUGGCGAAGAAGCACAGACCCUGGAUUCUGAUGGUCUAUGGAAUGUGGGCCUGCUGGUGCGUGCUGGGGGCCCCAGGUGUGGCCAUGGUUUUUCUCCACACCAUCAUCUCCUUCUGCGUGGCCCAGUUCCGGUCGUUGCUCCUGUCCUGGCUCUGUUCCCUCCUCCUGCUCUCCACACUGAGGUUGCAAGGUGUGGAGGAAGUUAAGAGAAGAUGGUACGAGACAGAAAGCGAGUUCUACUUGCUGCAGUUCACCCUGACCGUCCGCUGCCUGUGCUACACCAGCUUCAGCCUCGAGUUUGGCUGGCAGCAGCUGCCCGUGGCUCGGGCCUCCUACUCCUUGCCCUGGAUGCUGGCCUACGUCUUCUACUACCCCAUCUUCCACAAUGGGCCCAUCCUCAGCUUCCCGGAGUUCAUCCAACAGAUGCAGCAGCAAGAGCUCUGCUCCCUGAAGACCCGCCUCUGCACCCUGGGGCGGGGCCUGAGCCGCCUCGUCUGCUGGUGGGGGCUGGCCGAGCUGAUGGUCCACCUCAUGUACAUGCACGCCAUCUACGGCAGCAUCCCCCUCCUGGGGGCCGUCUCCUGUUGGACCUUAGGGGGACUGGCGCUGGCCCACGUGCUCUUCUUCUACGUGAAGUACCUGGUCCUCUUUGGCGUUCCGGCUCUGCUCAUGCGCCUGGAUGGACUCGCGCCACCGCCCCUCCCUCGCUGUGUGAGCACCAUGUUCAGCUUCACGGGCAUGUGGAGGUAUUUUGACGUUGGACUACAUAAUUUCUUGAUCAGGUAUGUGUACGUUCCACUGGGCGGGUCCCAGCGCGGCGUGCUGGGGACGCUGUUCUCCACUGCGAUGACCUUUGCGUUCGUGAGCUACUGGCAUGGCGGCUACGACUAUCUCUGGUGCUGGGCAGCGCUCAACUGGCUGGGGAUCACCGUGGAGAAUGGGGUCCGGAGGCUCCUGGAGACCCCACGUGUCCAGGAGAGUUUGGCCCGGUACCUGUCCCCGCAAGCUCGCCGCCGCUUCCACGCUGCCCUGGCCUCUUGCUCCACAUCCAUGCUGAUCCUGUUCAAUCUGGUAUUUCUCGGGGGCAACCAAGUUGGGAAAACCUACUGGAAUAGGAUCUUCAUACAAGGCUGGCCAUGGGUGACCCUCUCUGUCCUGGGAUUCCUGUACUGCUACUCCCACGUGGGCAUUGCCUGGGCCCAGACGUACACCCGGGAUUGACGGCGCUGGCCCAGGCCAGUUCUCCCGGCCAGUCUCCAAGGCAGAUGGCAGCCUGACCUCCUACUCCAGGAGCCUCUCCAGGGGACCAGUGCUUGAUCUGCUCACCUCUGUGAACUUACGUCCCUGCAAGACAGAAGCCUGAGAUGUCACAGUAAAUUCACAACCAUGCAGUCUUCUAACGUGGGGGCAUUAUUUGCCGGAUGAGUACCUCGGGGUGCAGUGUGUAGGGUGUUUGGCCUGGCUGCACCUGGUGAUGUUUUGGUCUAGAACCUAGUCCCAAUGGUGCUUUCAUUUCUCUCUCUGCUCAGAAUUAAAUGCAACGGACAUUUCUUGAUGGAGGCACGGAAAUCCCAGUUAGCGAUAGCCCCAUCCUCCACUGGGCAGUAUUUCUAGAAUAUCUUGGUGUGGUGGCUAGAACCAGCCCUAGCUGCUUCCCACAGCUCCUCAGUUGGGAGGUGACAGCGACAGCUGUGUUUCUCAUGACCCAGUCCGAGAAGACAGACACAGAGUUAGGGGCUUCUAGGAGUCCUCCUGUGAUUUGAACUUCAUCAGGGAGGACUACUUAGGCUCCUUGUUCCUGAGACCUUCAGAAAAGUAUGUCUAUGGUGGUGGUUCUGAAAGUUAAUUGCUUACUAAUAGAGUUUAAAAACCAGAGAAUAGUGCUUGUAUGAACAGAUCCUGUCUGGCAGGUCACAGAAAGUAAGGAACGGGGGGCCUUUUGUGGUCUUGUCUGCCCUUGCCAUGCAGGUCCCAGCAGUCAUGGGCUCCUCAGCGGUUUAUACUGCUUUGUUUUGAUUCAA